UGUGUGUGUGCAUAUAUAGAUAGAUAGAUUGAUAGAUAAACUUAAAGAUAUGUGUGUAUGUAUGUACGUAUUAACACCGACAGUCAUAUAUGUUUGUACGCACCUGCAUGUCUCACGCCAACCAAGGUAAAUGACUCAGCCAAUCCUCCCCCUCCCCCCCCCAAAAAAAAAAAGAAAAAAAAAAAUUCGACGGACACGUGACCCGCGAUUACCAACGCAGCUGAUGACGAUGACUUCCAGAUCGACUUCAAGAUGUUUAGCGUCUAUUGCUUCAUUCCUCGAUCGUUUAGGGGAAGAGCGCCUGCCUCUCCUCCUCUUCCUCGUCUUCAUCUUCCGUUAUAUCUUCGAAGUUCUUCGCUGAUGGAGGGGGAAGUCCUUGGAGGUCCUUCUGAGAUCCUGCGGCCGGCCCUGGAGGAGAUUCCAUGCGGAGAUGACUCGAAGGAUGAAGUCGAACUCGCGAAGAGAGAAAUGGAGGAAAACGGAGACGAAUUUCCGCGCGAUGACGUCAUGGAAUCCGAUCCGGGAGAUGGACUGCACGAACGCCGGCCAUCCCUCUGUGACGUCACGGAACCCGGGCUGACGGAGGGCAUACCAGAGAGCCCUCUGUCUCUCGCGAGUAUGAUGGUGCCAAUACUCACUGGCAUCGUCGCCAUCACCCUCCUGGUGGCCUUCUCACAGCAGGUGGCUUACGUCUUCGUCGCCAUCGUCAGCGCCAUCUUCGUGGUUAUCUAUUCUCUGCUGGCCUCGGUGUUUUUCCUCGCCCUCUAUGCGGUCUGGAUUUUCUUCGUCUUGUUGCGGUUCAUGUUUUCCUUCUCCAUCUUCUUGGUCAUCAUGGCGCCAGCGAUUCACAUCCUGGCCCCAAUAUUUUUCAGGGAUUCGGCCGCCAAACCUGAAAGGAAAAUGUAUGACAUCCGACACGAGGAUAAAUCGGGAGGAUGGCCCAAAAUCCUCGCUAAAGAGAGGGAGAGGAAGAAAAACAACUUAGAUAGCAUGACCGGCGUCACCUUCUGCGGCUGCGGCUUCCUCGGCGUGUACCUCGUCGGCGCCGCAACCUACAUCCAGGAGCACCACCCGAAGCUCCUGUCUCGCAAGCUCGGGGGGUCCUCCGUGGGCUCCAUCGUCGCUGCGAGCAUUGCGUGCGGGGUGAAUCUGCAGCACGUCCGUCGUAUUCUGCUGAACGAGGCGAAGGUGGUGAGAAAGACGUUCAUGGGCGCCUUUAACCCCUUCUACAGGCUGGAGGAACCCUUGAUGAAGUCCUUGCUCGAGAUCCUGCCGGAGGACGCUCACCGAAGGGCGUCGGGGAGAGUUUUCCUGUCCCUAACGAAAGCGUCGACCUUGACCAAUGAGGUAGUGAGCCAAUAUUCUACGAGGGAUGAGCUGAUUCGGGCCAUCCUCUGCUGUUGCUUCCUGCCUUGUCUCUCUGGCUACACUGCUCCUAUCUACAAUGGUCGCAGGUACAUCGACGGAGGAAUGAGCAACAACAUGCCCCUCAAAGGCCCUUCGAUCGUGAGCAUUAACGCUUUCUCGGGUGAGUUCGAAAUCUGCCCGCGAGACGAAACCGGCGAUCUCCGACCCCUGAACCGAGCCUUGAACCAGUGUAUCGCGAUGAGUAACGAGAACCUCUACCGACUCAAGUGUGGCCUCCUCCCCCCAGAACCCGAGGAGCUGGACCGGCACUACCACUACGGCUACUUCCACGCCAAGCACUUCCUUUGUCCCGGGGGUUCGAAGGUUCCGAAGCCCAUGGAGCGUCGGAUCGAGGAGAGCAGUGAGGGCAAGGAAGGGGAUAGUCAGAGGAAGAGAUAGAGGAUUCGAUUCUUUACAGAUGGAAUUGAAUGACAUGAUUUUCGUAGUUCGAGAGAAAGGUGAAAGAGGGUAUUCAUAAUCUGAGAGAGAGCAUGAUAAUAAUAAUAAUAAUAAUAAUAAUAAUAAUAAUAAUAAUGAUAAUAAUAAUAAUAAUAAUAAUAAUAAUAAUAAUAAUAAUAAUAAUAAUAAUAAUAAAAUAGAGGUGGAAGACGUUAUGCAUAAACUAAGACAGAAAAUAAAAAGAA